GUGCUUGGCAGGAAUCCGUCAGUCUAAUAUUGACCAUCACCGAAGACACAUUGACUUCGGGAGGAAUUCCUCGUGGAGAAUCACAAGCGUCUCUCGCUCACUCACUCACCAAGAAUUUUGACGCUGGCAUAGAUCAUCGUGAACAUUGAUCAAAUUGCACAAUUUGACAUUGGUCGCGUGUUUACCUUCGAAUUGAUUCCAAGUUUUUUAAAGUAAGGUGGACAUCAUGCCUGGGGCCUUUGGCUGAAACUUGGAUUUCUCUCACGAUUGUUCGACUCCCAACUUCUUUUCAACCAACUUAACUAAGCAACCAUAGACUAACACCUCAGUGUACGUUCAAAAGACAAGUUCAGUGUCCAGAUUAUUUUUUCUCGUCUGACCUUCAUCGCUCUGGUUUUUUGAAACGAACAACCAUGGAUUGGGUUCGCCGGAAAAAAGGAUCCUCCGGACCCGAUUCGGCUUCCGAGUCGAAUCUGCAGUCUCGAUCUGAGGCCAAUGCUGACUUAGAUCGCGAGUGUGACAAGAUCUUUCAUCCAGACAAGUUCGAUAUCGCUCAACUCAAUCCGGAUUCUCAAGGCAAUGUCGAUGAGAGGGCUCGCCAAUACCGGACUGCCACUGCCCCCACGGACCUGCAAGCUAUGGGGGCGGGGGCCUUGGUCACCAUGGCGGCCACUUUGGCUACGGAAGGCGGGGCCGAGUUGUCCCAUGAGCCGUUUUUCCAACGAUCUUCUUCAUUCGUGGAACCCCCCGUCACGGAUUCUGGCCUUCAACGGUCCAAGACCGCCACGGGAAUGCAAGCUCGAGUCAUGGGACAGGAAGCUGCCCAUGAUCGUCAAGCCUAUCCUCACUUCCACCAGGUCAUGUCCAGAUUAAAGACUGGCCAACUGAAACGAGCUGAAACCGAUCAAGCCAUUCGAACAACCAAGAAAGAUCGACGGCCUUUGGAAACUGUCUCCGAGGAACGGAAGCGUCUGAAGAAGUAUUCAGACGUUAAGACCCUUCCGACGAUCCAAGAUGACGAAGGUCUUCGUGGGGAUUUUGAAAUGCAGCCUACAAGCACUGAAAAAGUGGAGUCCUCUGGCUCUGACAAUGAAGAGAAGAAGACCAAGGCUCAAUUCAGUAUUGCCAUGGAAUCCAGUGACGAGGAAGGACAAGGUCAUCGGCAAAUCAAACGAACCAAGAGCAAGGACUUUGCCCAUCGGAGUGAUGACGAGAGUUGGGGCUUUGGAAUGGACAAGAAGGUGUCCUUUGGAGGACCGGGCCAAUCCUCUCAUAAUGAGGAAUCUCAUGUGGAUGACGAUGAGGAAGACCGUGAGGAAAAACGGCGGAAACGCCAUAAGAAGAGUCGCCGGGGUAGUCGGCACAUGUCCAUCGAAACGGACCUGAGUUUGCGGCGAACCCGUGGCUCUGAGCUUCAAAUGGAGGACAUGGCUCUGCCCACUGAGGAAGAAGAAGCCAGGAAUCUAGAGUACAGGGAUGUGGAGGACAUGGCCUCCCAUAGAAUGGACCACUUGCCCGGUUACUCUCGACAUAAAAUCAAGAAAGGUGCAUCCACGUUCCAAGUGAAAGGGACGCCGGAAACUUACGAGCAAAGCAAGGAAAUCAACCAGAUGGUUGAGAAACUGUAUGGCGAGAAAGCCAAAGUGUAUGACCACUCUCCUCAUGAUCUGUUCGUGGAGAUGGACGAGCUCCAAGGUGAGGAGUGGAUCGAGAUGGCUCGUUGGAUCAAAUACGAGGAGGACAGGGAAGAGGGAGCCGAGCGAUGGGGCAAGGCUCACGUGUCAUCCCUCUCCUUUCACUCGUUGAUCAAUCUUCGCUUGGCGUUGGAAGGAUGUGCUUUCAUCCUGGAUCUGGAGGCCAGGGAUAUUCCCGCCGUGGCAUAUCGCGUGGUCGAAGAAUGGAGUGUCCUAGGUGACAUUGAAGAGGAUCAAAAGGGCGAUAUCAUUCGCGUGCUCACCUAUCGGCACAAGUAUGUCACGGACCACGCGACUUUCAAGUUUGGAGCCAUGAAGAAGAACAUGAGUCAGCGCUCGCUUCAGAACUUGGGGAGCGACUCGGAGGCUGCCCGUUCGGACGACGGAGAAGCGAUGGUGAAUCCCUUGCGUUGGUUUCGAUCAUUUUCUCGAGAUUCCUUCGCCAGGCAGGAUUCCUCUGCCAUGUACUUAAGGCAGAUCGCGAAGCAAGAAUCCGCCUUAAAAUCCGUCAAAGAGCGAGAGAGCCUUCUGACUGAUCAGAAUAAAUCCAACGUGCAAAUUUCCAAGGCCAAGACUUUCAUUGCUCCAGACAAUGGUCUGGAUGCUUCGUCUGGCAAAGACUUGGAUCAUUUGGUGCUCAAUAUCCCGGAGGACGGUGAAAUACCUUCGAAUAGCUCCGCCGGUGAUUUGUAUCGGAUGGCUCAAAGCAAGAAAGAGCAUAUCCUCCGAAAGAUCAAGGUCGGAACGGAGGGCACCAUCGUGUUGGUGGGUUCCUUGGAAAGCGUGACGAAGCCCAUCUCUGCCUUGGUCCGUUUAGCCGAGGGUAUUAUUAUGCCCAACGCAUUGGAGGUGCCCCUCCCCGUGCGUUUCAUCUUUAUCCUCCUCACCCCCAAGCCUAGUAAGGAUAUGGAUUGCCACGAGAUUGGUCGAUCCUUCUCGACAUUGAUGUCCAAUCCGAAAUUCCACACAGUGUGCUACAAGAUUGAUGAGAGGCGAGAAUUGCUCUCCGCCAUCAACGAUUUUUUGGACGAGUCCGUGGUUUUACCUCCUGGCGAUUGGGACAGUAAUAAUCUUCUGUCCAUAAAUGAAAUCAAGGAGAUGCGUAAACGUCGCCAAAAUCGCAAGAAAGUUCUGGAGAUGAAAUCUGCCGAGAAAGCCCCCAUAAUCACCCCUGGCGACGGCGACGGAGAUGAUGGCGACGAUGAUGAUGACAAGAAGAAAAAGACUCCCUUCAACGACCCUCUGGUGAGGACCAAGACUCCAUUUGGAGGCGUGAUUAACGACUGGAAACGUCGCUUCCCCUGGUAUCUCUCGGAUUUCAAAGAUGGCUUGAACACCCAAUGUUUGGCUGCCACGAUUUUCAUCUACUUUGCCUGUCUCUCGGGAGCCAUUGCCUUUGGCGGGUUGACCGCGGACAAGUCCAAAGGUCUGAUCGGCAUCCCAGAAACCUUGAUCAUGAGUGCUGUCGGGGGCUUGAUGUUUGCCUUAUUUGCGGGACAGCCUUUGAUCAUCACCGGAGUCACUGGACCUGUCUUAUUGUACGAUGAGGCUCUCUUCGGCUUUGCCACUAAUGGAGGCAUCGAUUUCCUGGCCUGGCGAGUCUGGAUCGGAGUCUGGAUAGUGAUCAUCGCCUUGGUGGUGGCCUUGUUUCAAGGCUCCACCCUUGUCAAGUUCUUCACCAAGUUUACCAAGGACAUUUUCGCCUCCCUCGUCUCAUUGCUUUUCAUCUUCGAGGCCUUGAAAAAAGUUGUGCUUAUUUUUGGGAAUCAUCCGUUGAUGUCUUUGGACACUUAUUGCGCUGAGCACGCUGGAGGCAACAUCACCGCGUUGGAGAACGAAGAAAAUGUUCAAGUGAUCAAGAAGGAGCCCAACACGGCCCUCUUGUCCGCCAUUCUGAUGUUUGGAACCUUCUUCAUUGCCUACUUCCUUAGGGUCUUCCGAAACGGGAAAUACUUGGGUCGGACGAUCCGUCGAGCCUUGGGCGAUUUCGGUGUUCCAAUUGCCAUUGUGAUAAUGGUGGCCAUGGAUUAUUUCAUUGACGACACGUUUACCCAGAAGUUGGAUGUUCCCGCUGGUGUUCAAGUAACUAGCCCAGAGCGACGAGGAUGGCUCAUUCCCCCUUUGGGUUUGGAAGAGGCUAUUCCCGUGUGGGCACCUUUCGUUGCCGUUGUACCUGCCAUUUUGCUUUAUUUAUUGCUCUUCAUGGAGACCCAUAUCUGCGAACUCAUCAUGAUGGAAAAGACUUCGAGGAAAGGUGGUGGUGUCCAUUGGGACAUUGUCUUGUUGUGCCUUAUCAACUGUCUGUCGUCAUUUUUCGGCGGGCCUUGGAUUUGUGCGGCCACAGUGCGGGCAGUCGCUCACGUGUCGGCUCUUACUGUGAUGUCGACCACUCACGCUCCCGGAGAGUCUCCGAAAGUGGUGAUGGUGUUGGAUCAAAGGGUGUCGGGUACUGUGGUGUCGAUUCUCCUCGGCUUUUCGGUACUGUUGUCUCCGGCGUUGAAAUUGGUCCCAUUUGCUGUCCUCUUUGGAGUGUUCCUCUACAUGGGUGUGUCCUCGAUCAAUGGCAUCCAACUAUUUGAUCGGAUCACCUUGCUGUUAAUGCCGGUCAAGCAUCAUCCUCAAGUCUCUUACGUCAGAAGGGUGAAAACAUGGAAAAUGCACCUGUAUACCGUUCUUCAAGUUUUGGGAUUGGCUGUGUUGUGGGUGGUAAAAUCCACCCAAUUGGCAUUGGCUUUCCCGUUCUUUGUGGUAGCCAUGAUUCCAUAUCGAAUGUCAUUGAAAUACUUAUUCUCGCCCCGAGAACUGGACGCGCUGGACGGUCCCAAGGCUGGUCAAGUGAUGUUGGAGGAUGAACCCGAUUUCUACGAUCAAGCCUACGGAGCUUGAGCACAACCUGAAGCAUCCUGAGUUUUCCUCAUACUUCCUCGUCCCUGUGAAUACAUUCGAAUGAAAAUCUUCACUUUGAUGACCCCACAAAAAUUGAAUUGUCGGAAGCUAUAGGCCAUGAUACAUUAUAUCUCACGUGAUGCAAUAUUUUCAUAUUAAAAGAAAUUUGUUUUCUGCUCAAUGUUUGUGAAUGAAUGAAUGAAUAAUGUGUGUAUCAAUGUCAAUUCAGAGCCUUCUGUGAGGCCCAAAGUUGAACAUAAAUCUAAAGCUAUAUAUCGUUCUAGUAUCUAAUAUACCCUUAUACUGUAACAAUACAUUCUGAAAAAAUACACCUACACUUAUUUGACUUGAA